AUGUCAGGAAAAGGAAAAGUACAUGGGGGUAAGGGUAAGUCCUCGGAGAUAGCCAAGUCAUCGACAUCGCAUUCUGCGAGAGCAGGCUUACAAUUCCCCGUAGGAAGAGUCAAGAGAUAUUUAAAAAAGAGUGCUCAGAACAAGAUUAGAGUUGGAUCUAAAGCAGCAAUUUAUUUGACUGCAGUAUUGGAAUAUUUGACAGCAGAGGUAUUGGAAUUAGCAGGAAAUGCAGCCAAGGACUUGAAAGUAAAGAGAAUAACUCCGAGACAUUUGCAAUUGGCUAUUCGAGGAGACGAGGAGUUGGAUAAUUUGAUCAAGGCUACUAUUGCAUAUGGUGGUGUUUUGCCACAUAUUAACAAGGCCUUGUUGUUGAAGGUUGAAAAGAAGAAAAAUCAGAAAUAG